UCUAGUCAGGAGAGGUCCCAUCCUCCGGUCAGAAUUGCCAACUUGAACAGGCAGAAACGCUCAUAUGGAUCUUGGGCGUCCUGCUAGCUGCAAAGAUGGAAGCAUGUUCAUGUGCCCUAGGCUUUACACCGCAGCUUUCGAGGGGCAAACGGAGGAGGUCACCGGGCUCCUGAUGGGAAGCAGCGUUGAUGCGCCGGCAGCAGCAAGGAACGGCCGGCCAUCGACGGCAGUUAAUCACCGUGGACCCUGCACGGCGCAGGAGGUGACCGCGGAGCGAAACACCCUUCUCCACAUCGCCGCGGGGCAGGGCCACGGUGGCCUCAUCGCCGAGCUCUGCUACCGGGACAGCUCCCUCCUCUCCUCCGUCAACAAGGCGCUGGACACGCCGCUGCACAGCGCGGCUAGGGCAGGCGGCGCCAACGCCGUCGAGGACAUCGUCCGGUUGGCCCGAGCUAACUGCCUGGAGGAAGGCGGGGUUAUUAUCCGCGGGAAGAACGUGGCCGGAGACACUGCCAUGCACCUGGCCGCGAGGCACGGCCAUGGGGCGGCGGUGGAGAAGCUUGUGAAGCUGGCACCGGAGCUGGCGUCGGAGCUGAACCGCGCCGGCGUGUCGUCUCUAUACCUGGCGGUGACGAGCGGCUCGGUGGAUGCCGUCAGAGCGAUUGUCUCGCACGGUGACGCGUCGGCAGCCGGACCCAAUCAGCAGAAUGCUUUGCACGCCGCUGUUCUCGAAAGUUCAGAGAUGGUUGAUUUGCUUUUGCAAUGGAGGCCCGCGCUUGGUAGCGACCUAGACAUAAACAAGAGCAGCCCACUGCAUUUUGCUUCAUCUGAUGGUGAUUGUUCGGUCAUCGAAAAGAUCAUAACUCAUUCACCACCCAACACUACAUACCUACAGGACAGUGAAGGCCUCUCGGCUUUAAGCGCCGCUGCACUCAUGGGACAUGUAUCUGCCGUCCGCUUGUUGCUACGAUUUCACCCUGCUUGCGCAGACGUUCGUGAUAACCAUGGCAGGACCUUCCUGCAUGCAGCAGCUAUGAAAGGGCACUCUUCAAUCGUGUCCUAUGUUAUAAAGGACAUUAUGCUGGAACAUCUUUUGAACACACAAGACAACGAAGGGAAUACGCCACUCCAUUUGGCCGUGGUUGCAGGGGAGCACAAAGUUAUCUACAAGCUGCUGUCAAGUGGAAAAGUGCGUGCCCACAUUAUGAACGAUGCCGGUUGUACCCCUUCUGAUCUCAUCGAGAAUUCAACGGGUUUCUACUCAAUGGCAAGUCUAGUGGUAGAACUGUAUGUGAUGGGAGCACGGUUCAGGCCACAGAGGCAAGACCAUAUAGAGAAGUGGAAUGGUCAAGACAUAAUGAAAUGGCGAGAGACUACAUCUAAAAAUAUUGCGGUUGUUUCCACCCUCGUGGCCACUGUCGCUUUCUCGGCCGCGUUCAAUGUGCCUGGAUCAUACGGAUCAAGUGGAAAGGCAAAUCUGAGUGGGCACCGUCGGUACGAUGCUUUCAUGGUACUAGACACCAUUGCCAUGACAACUUCAGUGAUUGCAACGAUACUACUGAUCUACGGAAGAGCUUCGCGGUCUCAUCGCUCAUGGCUAGGCUUUAUGGUUGCAAUGCACUUCCUUUGGUUGUCACUUAAUAGCAUGAUGUUAGCCUUCUUCACAGCCAUGGUCGCGGUGAUGAGAGAGAAAAACUCAAUGAAGGUAGCAUUAACUCAGGUAAUCUACAAUGGGUUGUACAUCUUGAUGACACUACUUGCAAACCUUGCAACACCUAGAUCGCUUCUAGGUGUUAUGCAGCUUCUGGUUGGCAGUUGCUUUGAAAGGCGGCGGCGUGCUAAGAGACGCAUAAGUCGGCAGUUUCCCUUCGUUAUCUUUUAUGCACUAAAUGUGGUUGUGUUCAUAGUCGUAAAUACUUUGGCCCUUUCUGCAAUUCAAGUCACGGGUGGUAUGUAGGUCUAUAGAAAUGUUUUGAGUUGAUUAUGUACGAAUGAGCAGUUUUUUUUUCUUUUGACAAUAGAAGUGCUACACAGUCGUCAUACUAGGGCACAUACUAUCUGAAAUAAAGCAAUUUCUUAGCUAGAGACGAGCUUUUGAGCUUGGCUAUGUAUCUCAUUCGCGAGUUUUGGUUGUUAGAAACUCUUAUUUUGUAUGCUUCUAAAACCUAUCCUGUCGAGGUUCCGGUUCAUCCAUGUAAUGCGGACAUAUUCUUCUUUCAGAAUCGGCAACUAUGAUAGUGUAACAGAUAAGGAGACAUUAUUAAUAUAAUCGAAUGACUGAGUCUUUUUCGAGGAACCGAUAGGAGCACUUCCUUUACAUUUAUAUUUAUAGGAGAAUGGCUCACUUUUGAAGGAAAUUAGUCAGAAAUCCAGGUGCAGAACACAUAGAUCAACUAUCUAUCAAAUACCAUCACUCCCUUGGGAAGUCUCGUAGGCCAUCUCCGUCGUUUUGAUACCCUCCAUGGCUAGCAUGGCCGCCUUGAUGUAGGUCAUACGAGUUUCGUUGAAGAUGUGAUGGUUCCACUCCUUCCAGAUGUUCGACAACAUGUAGAGAAGAUGCCGCUCCGUUGCUGCUGCACAUGAAUAGAAGCCUAGGCAAGCAUCCCUCCACUAGGC